AUGAAUGCUCCCAAGGAGCCUAAAGUAAAACCACUUGCUAUUGACGCCUAUGAUGGCACGUCUGAUCCUGAUGUACACCUCUUGGCCUAUCGGCAUCAUAUGUAUGUCCAAGGGACUACUGAUGCAACCUGGUGCAAAUACUUCCCGUCCACUCUGAAAGGGGUUGCCUCCAAAUGGUUCAAGAAGUUGCCUGCGGGAACGAUCAACACAUAUGUCGAAUUGGAGAUGUUAUUUUCAGCAAGAUUUAUGGCUUAUAAAGAAGAGAAAAAGACGAGCAUGCAUUUGGGACAGAUUCCAGACCUGCCUGACGGGGUGGCGUUUGAUAAUUUCUUUAGGGGACUUAAGAAUGGGUCCUUUAAGUUCGAUUUGGUGAAGAAAAGUGUGAGAACUAUGGACGACGCUCUGGAUGAGGCCGAGUCCUUUAUCCAUGCCACUGAAAUCUGCUCCGUCCCCAAAGAGUCUAAGGGAACGGAGGCCACAGAUCAUCCUCAGUGCAAGGAUAAGUCAAACAAAAAGACCAGCCGUCCGAAUGGGACAUGGGCCAUUGAAAAGAAAGGAUAUCAGACAGACCGCUCCCAAGGGCAGAAGAGAGGACGGCCCUAUGACAAAGAAAGGUUUGAAUACAACACUGACAUGUAUACGAUAUUGCUAGAUGUCAGUGCUAGGUAUGAGAUAGAUCGACCGUUCCCCAUGAAGUCGCCGGUGGAAACCCGGGACAGCUCGCUUUACUGUAAGUUCCAUUGUGAUGUGGGACAUGAAACAAAAGAUUGCAAAUCCCUACGAAGGGCUCUCGAUGGACUAGCCGCUAAAGGGUUCCUGAAAUCCUAUCUCAGCACAAGCACAGGGGGAAGUGGUAAAAAGUUCUACAAGAAAAGCAAGUCACCGCCAUACCGACGUGAUGACAACGACACUGACCCAGAAAUUGUAGCCGUCAUCUCAGGAAGUCUAGCCGCUGGGGGCCCAACAAUAAGAUGUCAAAAAGACUAUGCAAGCCGGUUGGGACAGGUCAUGUUGUCUGGAAAAGCCCCAAUUGACCAUUUCCCUAAAGUAGAGAUUUGUGAAUCUGACAGGGGCAAGAUCGUCACUCCACAUGACGACCCCUUGGUCAUUGAAUUGAAGGUCGCAAACCUCAAGGUAAGGCAUAUUUUAGUAGAUACGGGGAGUUCGUCAGACAUUAUCAGCACAGCUUGUCUAAGCCGUCUUGAGCAUGAUCCAAAGACUAUUGAAAAAAUACAAUAUCCGAUCAUUGGAUUCGGAGGCGGCGUAAUUCAUCCCCAGGGGAUAAUCACUCUGCCCCUACGAGUUGGAGGCCGGCAUCAAAGAAAGAACUUGAACGUCCGCUUUCUAAUUGUAAAAGACCUCACUGCUUACAAUAUCAUAAUGGGUCGUCCAACUUUGAAUCAGGCCAAGGCAGUGGUCGUCACUCAUCUUAUGCUCAUGAAUUGA